GCGAGGCGCCCCUGGGGUUCCCGGGCAUCUUCCCGAUGGCCUGUGAGCAGGUGCUACGAUGAUCUUCAUUUUAUUGCGAGGAAGCAAGAACAGAAAGGCUCGGACAGCUGUCCAAAGUCACACAGCUAGUCAACCCCGGGGGAUCCUUCCGUCUUCCCCCCCCCGCCCCCCCCCCCCGCCUCCCCCCCGCCUAGCACUUAGCCUUUCUAACUAACGUUCCCGAAAUUGAUCAAGUUUGUGCUUGCUGUCGGCCUUCCCUGCUCGAAUACAGCUCCACAAGGUCGGGGACCUCGGAUUGUUUUGUACCCUGAUGUAUCCGCAGCCCGUAGGACAGGCACAUAGCGGGCCCUCAGCAUUUUCACUGAAUGAAUAAAAGCGACAGAGCAGGCAAUCCGUUCGAUUCCGGAGCGGGCAGUGCUCAGCUCCUUGUCUGCUGAUAGCUGGGGUCCUACUAAACGUUACUCUUCAAACUCAGAGGAGGCCUUGUGCUUCCUUCCAUAAAUUAAAACAUUUGAGUUUUCCUCAACUUCACUCCGUCACAGGGGCUGCUAAUGACAUCUCCUGUGUGGUCCUUCUUUCCAGGAGCAGGGUGCGUCACUGAGACCACUGCUCACCAACUGCAGAUUCCAGCUCGCCCGCUCCUGGGCUUCCUAGUCUACAGAAGAGCCAGUGUGCAGCCUCAGAAGAUCCCCGCCCUUUGUCCGGGGCAGAACAGGAUGGCCGCGGCCCGGGAAUCCUUGACCUUCAGGGAUGUGUUUGUGGACUUCACCCUGGAGGAGUGGCAGCAGCUGGACUCCGCUCAGAGGAACCUCUACAGGGAUGUCACGCUGGAGAACUACAGCCACCUGGUGUCCGUGGGAUACCUCGUUGCCAGCCCGGAUGAGGUCUUGAGAUCGGGACGAGGAGAAGAGGCCAGGAGGGCAGAGGGAGGGCCGUCGGCGUGGAACUAUCCAGAAUUCAGGCAAGUUGGAGACCGGAUAGACAACCACAAGGAAAGCCAAGACCAGCCUCUGUGGCAAGCUGCGUUAGUAGACAAGGAAGCACAGAGGAUCGAAGUGGCCAAGAAUUCACAACCUUCAGAAAAAUCACUUAUCCAGGCUCAGACUUUGUUUCUCUACGGCAAGGACUCUCUAAAUAUUACUCACGGGGAAGGUGUUCAAAACAUAAUUUAAACUUUCUUUACAUAAGUAAAGGCUUUUUUGUUUCAUAAAAA